AUGAAUACAGUGACUGUCAGAAAACUUUUAGUUUCAAUUCACAACUUGUUAUACAUCAGAGAAUUCACACACGGGAGAAUCCCUGCAUGUUGUGAAUGUAGAAAAGUUUUCAGUGGAAUAGACCAGCUUGUUUCCCACCAGAGAACUCAUUCAGGACAGAAACACUGCAAGUGUUGUGCAUUUGAAAAAACUUAUGAUUUGAAAUCACAACUCAUUAUACACCAAAGCAUUCAUAUAGGAGAGAAACCCUAUGAAGGCAUUGAUUGUCAGAAAGCCUUUAAUACAGUUUUAAUUCAUGGUACAUCAGAGAACCCACAUGGGGGAGAAACCUAUGGUUGUUGUGAAUGUGGGAGAUUCUGCAGUGAGUCACAGCUCAUUGUACGUCAGAGAGCACACAGUGGGGUUAAACCCUAUGGAUGUAAUCAGUGUGGAAAAGCCUUCAGUUUGAAGUCACAACUCAUAAGUCAUGAGAGGGUAACAGGCAGGAAGGCCAGGGGUCUCCAAACGGAAGAAAUAGUCUGCAAGUGUCAGACAUUUUUAUCUCUCUCUUAA